AUGCCCCGCCGCAUCUCCAUCCCCUUCACCAACUCCACCAGCAUGCCAGAGACGGAAAGGACUGGCGAUAGGAGACCAUCUACGUCCAAAGGCAACCGCCUCAGCCAGCUCUUCUCAAGCUCGCCCCGGCAGAAGGACCAGCCGACUGCCCAGCAGGCCCUCAUGGCCAUGCAGAACAACUCUUCGCGGUCCAUCACCGCCCCCAGCCUCGCGCUGCCCACCAUCUCCCUCUCGACCGCCACGGCCGGCGAGCCCAACGGCGAUGAGCCCACCACGCUCUUCCAGCCUCCCUCGUCCGAGGAGAUCACCUUCAAGCGCCGCGCCGAUACCCAGUUCGGCCCCUUGAACCACGCGAGCCACCGCUAUGUCAGCAAGCACCACGGAGAGCCCCUCAAGGCCCCCGUCAUUGACGAGCCCCCGUACUACUAUGUCCUCACUACCUACAUCAGCUACCUGCUCCUCAUUGCUCUUGGCCACGUCCGGGACUUUUUCGGCAAGAGGUUUAGCAAGAACCCUAUGUACAAGAGUGUUAAGCCGAUUAACGGCUAUGCGCCUCUCACCGACGAUUUCGAUAGUUUCUACGUCCGCAGACUCAAGAUGCGCAUUGACGACUGCUUCGCCCGCCCGACUACUGGCGUCCCGGGUCGUUAUAUCUCUCUCAUGGACCGCGUCUCGAGCGACUACAACCGCUCCUACUCCUUUACUGGCACACACACCGAGACUCUGAACAUGAGCUCCUACAACUACCUUGGCUUUGCUCAAUCCGAUGGUCCCUGCGCCGACGCCGUGGAGGAGUGCGUCAAGAGGUACGGUCUCAGCUCCUGCAGCCCUCGUGGGGAUGUUGGUACCUCGGAUCUCGCCGUCGAGGUGGAAAAGGAGAUUGCUUCCUUCGUCGGCAAGCCCGCUGCCAUGGUCUUCUCGAUGGGCUUCGUCACCAACGCCAGUUCAUUCCCUGCUUUGGUUUCCAAGGGUUGCCUCAUCAUCUCCGACGAGCUGAACCAUGCCUCUAUCCGUGUUGGUGCUCGUCUGUCCGGUGCUGUUGUUCGGUCUUUCAAGCACAACGACAUGCCUGAUUUGGAGAAGAGACUGCGUGAGGCUAUCGCCCAGGGACAGCCUCGCACUCACCGUCCGUGGAAGAAGAUCUUGGUCGCUGUUGAGGGUCUGUACUCCAUGGAAGGCACCAUGUGCGAUUUGCCGGGUAUCCUGAAGCUCAAGGAAACCUACAAGUUUUACCUGUUCGUUGACGAAGCCCACAGCAUUGGCGCCCUCGGCCCCAAUGGACGUGGUGUCUGUGACUACUUCGGUAUUGACCCUGCCCAUGUCGAUAUUCUUAUGGGAACUUUGACCAAAUCCUUCGGCGCCAACGGCGGUUACGUUGCGGCUAACCCCCAAAUCAUCGCCAAGUUGAGGAGCACCAACGCGGCUACCCAGCUGGGUGAGUCGCCUGCCCCUUCGGUUCUGAUGCAGAUUCUCGCCUCCUUGAAGCUCAUCAACGGAGAGCUGGUACCCGGACAGGGUGAGGAGCGUCUGCAGCGUAUUGCCUUCAACUCGCGGUACCUGCGACUAGGCUUGAAGCGUCUUGGCCUCAUCGUUUACGGUCACGAUGAUUCGCCUAUUAUCCCUGUUCCUCUUUACAACCCUGGCAAGAUGUCCGCCUUCAGUCAUGAGAUGUUGAAGCGGAAGAUCUCGGUCGUCGUUGUGGGAUACCCUGCUACGCCACUUAUCAGCUCCCGUGUACGAUUCUGUGUCUCCGCAGCGCACAACAAGGACGAUAUGGACCGACUUCUCGCCGCCUGUGACGAGGUCGGAGACAUCCUGCAGCUCAAGUUCUCGACUGGCAUUGCUGGCGGACAGAAGCUGCCACAGGGCAUUACCCCCGAGAACGAGGCCGAGUGGCGCAAAGAGAAUGGCAUCGAGCAAUCCUACGAAGCACCCCGCUGGGCACUGGAUGAUGUCAUUGAGAGUGGCGUCGCGGAUUCCAAAGUCAAGCUUGUAUAG